AAAGUUGAAAUGAAAAUGUAAAUAAAUCCAGUCCAACAAUUUCAAUGGUAAAAUGUUGUGUCUGAACGAACAUUGUAGAUCAAUAAUUACAACUGUGAUAAUAAUAUGCUAUUUGUGCCUAAAUGCCAGUUCUGGAUCUGGAAUAGGGCCUUGUCCCAAAUUGCAGGGUAUGGAUAAACUAAAUUUAACAAAAUUUGCAGGUCACUGGUACGAAAUUGAGAGAUCCUUUUAUCUCAUGGAAUUGAUCAGUAGUUGUGUCACAGUCGAUAUCGAAGAGAGAAUAAAAGGAAAACUGGAAAUUGAAGUUAAAACUAGAAGUUCUUGGACUGGUACAUUUUCGAUCAGUGAAGGAAUAGCUGUUCCCACUAGAAAAGAUCCGAGCAUUCUUCUUUAUAAGGUUAGCAGCAGGCUUCCUAGGGUAAUCAACAGAUAUCUACCAGGAGCAGGAUUUUAUCAAGUUCUUAAGACUGACUAUACAGAAUUCGCAGUGAUUUAUUCUUGCACCAAUUAUGAAGUCGUACAUUCAGAUAUGAUAUGGAUUUGGGGAAGAAAUACAGAAAUCAACGUAGCACUGAGAUCUGAAAUUUAUUUAAUGCUGACUGAAAACCAUUUAGACUCCGAGAGACUUCUUCUGUCUAAACACUAUAAUUGUACUUUUAACAAUCUGUCAAUUGAUGAAUUUCUUGAUUCAAAUUUAUAAUUCAUGACAUACUUAUGUUUGUAUUUUCUACGAUCUUUAAAAUAAAAAACCAACCACAUACUCGCUGCAUCACUGUA